AUGGCGCUUAAAAAGCAUCAAACAUCCUCUUCAGCUGGGGAUAGUGCUUUAGAGAGAAAAGAAAUUCUUGUCCCAAAGCAAAAACCUUUGUACAGUAAAGAAUCGAGAAUCAUCCAGCGAGCAUGCAGGAGACAUGUUGAUACAGCUGUUUUCAAGCACCUCAAGAAACUUGUGAACUUCCAUAAUGAAGGAGACCCACGUCUGUUUCUAAGGUUUAUUAACCCUGUGGAGGCUAAGAUUUUAGACGCUGCUUCAGGGGCCCUCGUCCGUUUCAGACUAGGGGGAACUUCAUAUCCCCCAAAUAUCUACUACAAAAUCUGCACCCGUGCACCAGUAGUGGACAUGUGUGCCUCCAGCCCUAAAGAUUACACACGUGCACAGCAAACGAAACUUGUGCCAGGACAGAUCCACAAUGGCCAACUGAUGAUCUGUGCUGAUGAUCACUCUGUGUGAUCUCUACAGCGGGUAGAGAAUAAUGGCUGGAGAAUUUUGUCUUGCAGGGUAAAAUCUCCACUAUGGACACUUUUCACAUCAUACUGUAUGUCUGAGUGUGACAACAUUUUUCUCUUCAAAAGAUUUCCGCGUUCAAAGACCCAAUCACCCAAUUGUCAAUCAACCCAAGACACCAACUGCAAGAAGAUGGACUUCCAUUACUGCAGAAUAAAUCGGCAACAAGAUGUUGCAAGAAAAAAGAAGAUUAGAAAGAUUGAAUGGAUGAGAAAAAUGUAUGCAGUAGGACUUGUGGAUGCAGUAGUAGCGUUGUGGAUGCAGAAAUCUACACAGAGAAUGAUGAAUUCACUGGAACAGAUUGAACCAGAUUCUGUUACAGAGCAGGAAGUAGAUGAUUUGCUUGCAUGGACCAACGCUCUCAGUUUUGAUGAGUAAUUAAACUGUUUAACUUUUAACACAUUUUACAUAAACUAUAAUAAAGUCGAAAACAUCACUGUAACGUUCUAACUAAAGUAAGGGUCUUUCAAAUAAAUCUAUUUUUAGUUAUAUCAAUGAAUGGAUGGAUUUGGGUACUAGCAAUUGUUGCAUAUAGAACAAACGUAAGACCAUUUUUAAUAGUGCUUUGGAAAUUCUCUGUAUAAAUGUAUGCUGUUUUGUGGCAUUAUAGCUCCAUCUGCUGGGUGGGAUGGGCAUUGACUCCUCUCUCUGUUCCCCUGUAGAUAAAGUGCGUUUUCUCUGUUCUUGAUAUCUGCGAGUUACUCAACCAGGAUGAAGUGGUGACUAUUUUUAUUUAUUUUUUCUGCACAAAGUCUGAUGGUACUUGUUGAUGUGAGACAUUGCGUUUC